AUGGCCUCUUCCUUGCCCAAAAGCACUUCGGAAGACACGUCGCGUCAGCUAAUGCAGAUGGUGUGGAUUGGAGCAUUAUUCUAUGCAAUAUCCGUCAUUUUGAAUGCCGCUUAUAUGAUCCGCAUGCAUGCCAUCGAGGAGUAUGGGCCCGUUAUUCAUGAAUUUGACCCCUAUUUCAACUAUCGAGCCACAGAGUACCUCGCCGCCAAUGGCAUGCAUAAAUUCUUCCAUUGGUUUGACUACAAGGUGUGGUAUCCCUUGGGACGCCCUGUGGGAACGACGAUUUAUCCUGGCAUGCAAGUCACAGCCGUGGCCAUUCACAGGUACCUCUUGAGUCAUUGGAGUCUCAACGAUGUCUGUUGCUACAUGCCGGCUUGGUUUGGAGCCAUUGCUACCUUGAUUACUGGAUUGUUGGCCUACGAAGCUUCGCUCCCGCAGAAUACCAGCUCUAAUUUGAUCCAAUUUUUGUGGGAUAUUGUGCAGGGAACCUGCGGAAGAAACCACGUCAAACCUACCAAAAGCAACAAUUCAUUUUCGAAUUUGUCACCAGCAUUGGAAUGUGCCGUCUUCGCCAUGGCCAUGAUGAGCAUUGUACCUGCUCAUUUAAUGAGAAGUGUGGGAGGAGGAUUCGACAAUGAAUCCGUUGCUACUACCGCCAUGAUUCUGACCUUUUACUGUUGGAUGAGAUCUCUCCGAAAUGGAAAUGAUAUCAAUACUAUUGUCGUCUACGGAUGUCUCACCGGACUCUCCUACUUUUACAUGGUUGCGACCUGGGGAGGCUUUGUGUUUGUUUUGAAUUUAAUCGGUGUCCACGCGGCCAUGUUGGUGGGAUUGGGACGAUUCUCCGAUAAGGUCUGGUUGAGCUAUUCGCUUUUCUAUUCUAUUGGUACGUUGUUGGCCAUUCAGGUCCCCGUCGUGGGAUGGGCUCCUCUCAGGUCGCUUGAACAGUUAGGACCAUGUGGAGUAUUUCUUGGAUACCAAGUCUUGCAGUUCUGCGAAGUCAUUCGAAGACGCAACAAUCUGUCCAGAACGGCUGCCUGGAAGCUCCGGAUUCAAGUAUGUGUGGCAUUGGCGGGUG